AAAAGCCAAUCCAAUUUCUGAACCGACUUCUAAAAGCCAAUCCAUAUUAUCAUUAAACAAUAACACAUGCACAGCCACUCUCAACUCUAUGCACUGUAAAGACCAUAUCCAUGGCCUUAUCUUUUCAUUCUCAUUCAAUAUUCCUCACCACCACUCAGUCCCAAACCUCUUCAAAUCCCAACUUCCGCUCCUUUCAUCAUCAACAUGCUCCUACUACUACCUUUCACUACUUCCCAGCUUCCAAACCGACCACCCACAAGCUCUCAGCCCCCACUAACACUGAGAAAUGGAGAGCCAAAGUUUCAUUCUUUCCUGCUUUCUUGAACAAACGCAAAGAUACUAAGACCCUCAAGGAGGAGCUUCUUGAGGCCAUUGCCCCUCUUGAUCGAGGUGCAGAUGCCACUGCCGAAGACCAGCAAGUGGUUGAUCAGAUUGCACGGAAUCUUGAAAAAGUUAGCCCAAUAAAGGAAACACUCAAAUCUAAUUUACUCAACGGCAAAUGGGAGCUUAUAUACACUACUUCAAGCUCGAUUUUGCAAACCCAGAGACCCAAAUUUCUGAGAUCACGUGCAAACUACCAAGCAAUUAGUUUGGAUACACUUAGGGCCCAGAAUAUGGAGUCUUGGCCAUUCUUCAACCAGGUAACAGCUGAUUUAACACCUCUUAAUGCAAGAAAAGUGGCUGUAAAGUUUGAUUAUUUCAAAAUCGCAGGUCUGAUACCAGUUAAGGCACCUGACAGUGCUCGUGGUGAAUUGGAAAUUACGUAUUUGGAUGAAGAAAUGAGAGUUUCAAGAGGCGACAAAGGAAACUUGUUCAUCCUGAAAAUGGUUGAUCCAUCUUACCAAGUUCCCGCUUGAUGUACAAAUCACACUGCAGUGUCUAUAAUCAUUUGGCCAUCAUGCUUUCUUGGUCACGAGAUUGGACUGAAUUGUACUAGUUCUGCUUAAACACAAUUUUGGUCGUAUUUUCUUGUUAUAUAAAUGUUAUAGAAAAAUUUUGGGCCUUUAUGAGUUUUACUUAAAGGUCCUGGCACAUUUCUUUGCUGUACAGAACUUAUGGAUGGUUCAUGGACAGUCAAAUAUUGAUAAAUGAUCAUUGUGUGUAGUUUAUUUAAA